AGUUUGAAAUUAGACGUCAAAGUUUGUGUACGUGUCCUGCGGUUUGUAAUUUGUAAUCGAAGUACUUACAUUUAAUUUAUUAAAAGUGAUAUUUUACUGAGUUCUGUUAUUCAAAUUUCAAACUACAGUGUUUCUUCAAUAACAACAGCCAGACGUGCUACAAGUGUCGUGUCCUACUAACACGAAUAGCGAGAUACUUCUUGCUCUAAUAGUCAGUGACUUCACUUCUUCCGCCUGACGCCAGAAUGUCUCAUCAUCGUGAACCAACCGUUGUGGGUGUAGCCAACUUCAACGCAGCAGAAGAUGCCGCCACCCUCCGUGGAGCCAUGAAGGGCUUUGGCACCGAUGAGCAGACCAUCAUUGACAUCCUGUGCUCCCGCUCUAAUGCCCAGCGCCAGGCUAUUGCCCAGGCAUUCACACAUGAGUAUGGACGGGACAUCAUCGAAGACCUAAAGUCCGAGCUGGGCGGUCACUUCGAAGACGUGAUCGUCGCUCUGAUGCGGCCACCGGCGGAGUACCUCUGCAAGGAGCUGCACAACUGCAUGGAGGGCAUGGGCACUGAUGAAAACACCCUGGUGGAGAUCCUCUGCACUAGGACUAAGAAGGAGAUCGCUGAGAUUGUCGACGCUUAUGAGAGAUUGUACAACCGCCCGCUGGCCGAGCACAUGUGCUCUGAGACUUCUGGAGACUUCCGCAGGCUGAUCACGCUCAUCGUAACCUCUGCUCACCAGGGGGCGCGCGACGAGGAGGCCGGCGUUGACCUGGCUAGAGCUCAAGCUUCGGCCCAGGAGUUGUUUGACGCUGGAGAAGCCAAGUGGGGCACUGAUGAGGAGAUCUUCAACAAGAUCCUAGCCCACGAGAGUUUCGCUCAGCUCCGCGCCAUCUUCGAAGCGUACAAGGACAUCGCGGGCCGCACGAUCGAGCAGGCCAUCAAGGCUGAAAUCGGAGGCGAACUCAAAGACGCGCUCAGCGCUAUCGUGGAAUGCGUCGAGAACGCGCCCGCUUGGUUCGCUCAGCGACUCCGUUCGGCCGUGGAGGGCGCGGGCACGGAUGACGCGGCGCUCAUCCGCAUCAUAGCGAGCCGGGCCGAGAUAGACCUCGGCAGCAUCAAGAUGGAGUAUGAGCGGCUCUAUGAUAAGACGCUCGAGAGCGACAUUAAGCAGGGCGAGACCUCCGGGGACUACAAGAGGGCGCUGGUGGCGCUCAUCUCGCCGCCCGCGUAAGCUGGACGUUCAGCAGACCCGUUCGACGUGCGCAACAUCAUUCAUCGCAAGAUCGGUGGAUAUUAUUAACCUUGUAGUUUAUUUAAGAGAUUUGUCAAUUCAUAUUACAUUCCCUAUUUGAAUGUCACGAACACAUGAAAAAGGAAUAAACAUUCAGAAAUCACCAAAAAGAAAUUCUCACGUUUUAAAUUAAAUAAAUAAUAAAAUGUUCCAAAGUAGAUUUUAACAGGAACCCAUCCCUUGAAACCAAUUACAUUUCAAAUCGAGAUGCUCCUUUCAAAAUUUUAAGUAAAGAAUAAAAAAAUAAUAUCGGUUCAUGUCGAAUAAGAAGCUCCUAAGUUAAGACCCACUGUUGUAUUUAUUUAAGAUUUACGCUUUAGAGUUAGAUUAUUACUGAAGUUUUUUUUACCAGUUUCUAUGCCUCAUUUUUAUUUAUACCCUAUCAACUAUUGUGCUCAGUUAAGCAAUAUUUUGAUAAUUUAUUUGUAUGUCAACGCAUAUUUAUGAAGAUUUUGAACUGAAUGGUUGAGCAAAUGAGCAUCACAUAAUUUUAAGAUUAAAAGGAUUGUUUUUCUUAGAUCUAGUAUUUUUUGAUUGAAGAAAGCUAUUGUCGUCAUGGUGCGCUAAAUAGUAGAAAUUCAUAAUAAGUAUAUUAUAGUAAUUAUUUAUUAUAAUAUGCAUCGAAUAUUGAGUGUACCUUAUAUGUAGCUCGCUACGAAAUACUAGAAAGCAGUGCCUUGGCAUUGUUGAUUUACUCAAAUUAUAGUAUUAAUUGAUAUACAUAAUAUAUUGUUAUUGAAAUGAUAAAUUUUACUGUAUUACGCAUUCCAUCCUUGUUUGGAGUUAUUAGAUAUAGUUUACGUAUUAUUUUCACCUCAAAUACAUUUUAAUUGUAUGUAAA